CCAACUUCUCCUCAUCCCAAUACACAAAAACCAAUAGAGAAUAUAGUUGUUCUCUUGAGGUCUCUCUCUUCAAAAAAAAAAAAAGUGUAUAAAAAAAUGGCUUCAAAAACCAAAAUCUCCUUAGCCAUUUUCCUCCUCCUCAACCUCCUCUUCUUCACUCUAACCUCAGCUUGCAACACCUGCAGCCCUUGUGGCGGUGGUUGCCCCUCUCCCAAGCCAAAGCCAAGGCCAAACCCUAACCCUAGCCCUGCAGUGGCUAAGUGCCCUAAGGACACCCUGAAACUCGGUGUCUGCGCCAACGUGCUCAACGGUCUCCUCAACUUGCAACUCGGCCAGCCACCGGUCACGCCAUGCUGUAGCCUUAUCCAAGGGCUGGCUGAUGUUGAAGCCGCUGUCUGUCUCUGCACUGCCCUUAAGGCCAACAUCCUCGGAAUCAACUUGAACCUCCCGAUUUCUCUGAGCUUGCUUCUCAACGUUUGUAGCAAGAAGGUUCCUUCUGGUUUCCAGUGCGAAUAAGUUCAUAUAUAUAUAUACAUAUAUGUAUGAAAAUACACACACAGAGUUUACGUUCUAUAUAUAUAUAUAUAUUAUAUAUAUAUAUAUACCUAUGUGUGGGCGUGUGUGGGAAUAAAGGGAUCAAGGUGUUAGAUUCUAUAUGUGAUGUCCUGUUUUUUUUUCUACUUCUGUUCUUGUUUGUUCUCUUUUCAAAUCUUCCAGUUGUGGUGUCUAAAUACGUUUUCGGAGUCUAAUUAUGUGUCUUUGUGACCCUUUUCGAUUCGAAAGUUCAGUUUCUUUACUUUACUUAGAACUCUCAUUGGGGGAUGUUGAUGUUUUGGGGUGUUUAAUAAAUGAUGUAAUAAUACAUUUGGUUUCUUUAUGAUGUCUUAUUUUAGUGGUACUAUAUA